UGACAUCAACCUGUACAAUCCGUUUAGCUCAGCUUUUGGCGCAAUUUGAUGAUGAAAAACAUUUCGGCCUGUCCAAGACGAUGCUAUUUCGUCAGACACGUUCCUGGUAGCAACAAGUCUUAUCAAGUUCAACAAAAUGCCUCUCAGUCCCUACAACAAGGAGAACAUUAGUGAAAAAGUGGAGAACACUGGCUUUGACAAUCACGUGUCUCCAUUGAAAUCUCCAUCGAAACGCAAUUCUAGUAGCGGAAUAUCACCGAGUAAGAAGCUUCGCAUGACUCCAGAGAGUUCAGGUGCAGCCGGUACAAUUGACAAACAAGAUGCAGAUAAAUUAAGAAAUGCUGUGCGGAAACUAGACCUGAAGGGCAAUGCUUUCGACCCACAGCUGGAACCUCUUCUCAGGGAGAAUCCCCGGAGAUUUGUUGUCUUCCCCAUUGAAUGGCCGGACAUCUGGAAAUUUUAUAAAAAAGCUGAGGCCUCGUUCUGGACCGUUGAAGAGGUCGAUCUAUCCAAGGACCUUCUUGACUGGGUAAAAUUGAACGACAAUGAACGCCACUUCAUUUCCCACGUCCUGGCAUUUUUUGCUGCCUCGGAUGGAAUUGUCAACGAGAAUCUGGUGGAGAGAUUCAGUCAGGAGGUGCAGGUCACCGAGGCACGAUGCUUCUACGGAUUUCAAGUUGCUAUGGAGAAUAUACAUUCUGAGAUGUAUUCACUUUUGAUUGAAACGUAUAUUUCGAAUCCACAAGAAAAGCAAUAUUUAUUCAACGCGAUUGAGAAUCUCCCCUGUGUAGCUAAGAAAGCCAAUUGGGCCCUGAACUGGAUUGCAAACGAAACAGCAACGUUCGCUGAAAGAGUCAUUGCAUUCGCUGCUGUCGAGGGAAUCUUCUUCUCUGGGAGUUUCGCUGCCAUCUUCUGGUUGAAAAAACGAGGACUAAUGCCCGGUCUCACCUUCAGCAAUGAGCUUAUCUCCAGAGACGAAGGUCUCCACUGCGAUUUUGCGUGCCUUCUCUUCAAACACAUUGUCCAGAAGCCGUCGCAAGAACGUGUCAUCUCGAUAAUUGCCGACGCCGUUCAAAUUGAACAAGAAUUCUUGACGGAAGCCCUGCCAGUCGCCAUGAUCGGGAUGAACUGUGAACUGAUGUCACGUUAUAUCGAAUUCGUUGCUGACAGACUCCUGGUGGAACUUGAGUGUCCGAAGAUAUACAACUCCGAAAAUCCUUUCGACUUCAUGGAACAAAUUUCGUUGGAAGGAAAAACCAAUUUUUUCGAGAAGAAGGUCGGCGAAUAUCAAAAGUGGGGAGUUAUGCAGACACCAGAGGCGAAUUCCUUCAGUACGAAUGCUGAUUUUUAAUUGAUAAGAAAUUCAACUGCAUAAAGCAAAAAUGAGGGUUGCGCGUUGAGUCGUGUUAAUUAACGAGCUCUUGACGCUCUUCUCUCUCAAAUUGUACAUUUUAUUUGAAGACAAAAAUGUCUGAUAGCGAGUAAAUUCAACAAUUGGAAGAUAUUCGAGAGGCAAAAUCGGAGUAACUUCCAUGCAAACUGAAAUCAAUUUUACCCAAUUUUUUGCAAUUGUUAAUUUUUUCCACUCCACAGGACUGGAGGAUGGAAAUCUGUGAAAUGUUAAUUUUCGAUAUAAUCUUUCGCAUUACGUAUUUCGAUUUUUUUGUGUUGGCAUGUUUUCCUUGUUUCGUUGGACAAAAAUAACAACAGUUAUGUGCCUUACAAUUUUUAAUUCCUAUUCAUGACGGCCCGAUAUUCCACUUAAAAUUUAUUUACACUUAACUGUCUACAAUUAAGCAAUAUAAUUAAGGACAAACAAAUUACUGAAGAAAAGUAUUAUUUAAUUUCGUUUAUGUAUUUAUAUAAUGUAUAGAGCUACAAAAAUAAGAAUCAAUUUAAAAACUUUUGUAUGAACUUUGACAUUGCAUUGAGUCUCAGUGUUUUGUCAAUAGAAAUAUAUGAAAUAUAGAUUCUUUUCCUCUA